GUGGGACAACCACAAACUGCAACAGUGAGUGGGGAGGGACCUGUGGAAACGAAUCAGUGUUGUUUGGAGCUAACUUGACAAGAAUAGAUUUAAGUUCUAAUAGGUCAGGACUUCAGAUGUGCUGAACUGAAUGAAGAUUAGCGCCUGUAUCUUCUUCGAGGAGCGUCGGUGAGGCUCUGAACUGUCUGGAGUGGAUGAGUUUAAACCCUCUCAGUCCCACCUCGCUGCCCGUCUCCCGGUUUGCUUACAAGUAGGGGAAGAGGAGCUGCUGGAAAUGUGCGAGCGGCUGGUAAAGUUGAAAGGGCUUGGGUCACACUGAAUUUUGCUACUGCCUCAUUUGUGCUCUGCUGUGUGAAGGAAAGGCUGAGGGAACAGCAGGAGACAUGAGGCAAUUGCAAAUCGGAACCUGAUGGAUCGUAUGAAGAAAAUCAAGCGUCAGCUGUCCAUGACCCUGCGGGGUAGUCAGGCGUCUGAGAAAUCCCUAACUGACCUAUCAGAGCAGUUAAAUGUUGAGGAAAACAAUAUCAGCGACAAUGGUCGAACCACGCAAUCCGGUUUUUUACCCUUUCACCUCCGUCACGCUGCCUCCACCUCACAGCUCCGUUCCGCGAGACCGAUACAAAACGAGCCCAUGGUGAAGAAUGGGAAGCCCCCUUCGUCCCACAGCAUGCACUCCUUCCUUCACCAGUACGCAGGCAGUUUCAAAAAGCCACCUUUGCGAAGGCCCCACAGUGUGGUGGGCAGGAGCCUCAGCUCGUACCUUCACAGGAACACUACUCUAGAGAUCGUCCACGAGGACCUAAAGAUGGGUUCCGACGGGGAAAGUGACCAGGCAUCUGCUACCUCUUCCGAUGAAGUUCAGUCCCCAGUACGAGUGAGGAUGCGGAACAACGUCAGGAAAAUCUCCACAGAGGUAUGGAGGCUUCCUCUACACCGUCGCCAUCAAACACUCCCAGGACAGGAUAUCAAUAAGAGGCUGUCUUUACCAGCAGACAUCCGCCUCCCUGAGGGCUACCUGGAGAAGUUCGCCAUGAACAGCCCGCCCUUCGACAAGCCUCUCAGCCGGCGGCUGCGCCGAGUCUCGCUGUCGGAGAUUGGGUUCGGGAAGCUGGAGACGUACGUUAAACUGGACAAGCUUGGGGAGGGCACCUACGCGACAGUGUACAAAGGGAGGAGCAAGCUAACGGAUAAUCUCGUGGCACUGAAGGAGAUCCGACUAGAACACGAGGAAGGGGCACCAUGCACAGCCAUUAGGGAAGUCUCCCUGCUGAAAGAUCUCAAACACGCCAACAUUGUGACACUCCAUGACAUCAUUCACACGGAGAAAUCCCUCACACUGGUCUUCGAGUAUCUGGAUAAAGACUUGAAACAGUACCUAGAAGAUUGUGGGAAUGUCAUUAACAUCCACAACGUAAAGCUCUUCCUAUUCCAGCUGUUGCGAGGCCUGGCCUAUUGCCAUCACAGGAAAGUACUACAUCGAGAUUUGAAACCCCAGAACCUGCUCAUCAAUGAGAAAGGAGAACUCAAGCUAGCAGACUUCGGGUUGGCCAGGGCUAAAUCCGUUCCCACAAAAACCUAUUCAAAUGAAGUGGUGACGCUCUGGUACAGGCCUCCCGAUGUCCUGCUGGGAUCCACAGAGUACUCGACACAGAUAGACAUGUGGGGUGUGGGUUGUAUAUGUUACGAGAUGGCGACUGGCCGCCCCCUAUUCCCAGGCUCCACCGUAGAAGAAGAAUUGCAUUUUAUAUUUAGGGUAUUAGGAACGCCAACGGAGGAGACGUGGCCUGGAAUCCUGGCGAACGAGGAGUUCAGAUCGUACAACUACCCAAAAUACCGGCCGGAGCCUCUCGUCAAUCAUGCACCCAGGUUAGACCCAGAGGGACUCGAUCUCUUGUCAAAACUGCUACAGUUUGAAGGGAAGAAGAGGAUCUCAGCUCAGCAGGCCAUGAAACAUCCACACUUCCAGAGCCUGGGGGAGAGGGUUCACAAGUUACCAGACACUACAUCAAUAUUUGCACUAAAGGAGAUCGAGUUACAAAGAGACUCCGGAUACAAAUCAGCACUGCUCCCUGAAUCUGUCUCUUCUGCUGGCUCUGACUACUUUCAAACAGCCAAUCAGAUUCCAGCUCUUCACGAGCAUGUACUGUGCUAAAGCUGCAUCCCCACUGGCUGAAUCCACUCCUGUUUCUGCUAAUGGCAGGAACAGAAGACAAAGUAUGCUGCUCUGACACUUUACAGCACAAAGUCCUACCCAGUGUCGUAUCCCAAUACCCACAGGACAGAGGUGACAUCAGUCUCUGGGACCAGCUGGCAACAGUGUGCAGGACUGUUAGCACCAGACAUCAAACAGAACUGGGGGAGUCACUGAAAUCACACUGUGUGCGUGUUUGUGUACGAGUGAAUGUGUGCGUGAGCGAGUGUGCGAGUGUGUGUGAGUGUCUGUCUAUGUGUGUGUGUCUGUCGGUCAGUGUGUGUGUCUGUGUGUGUGUGUGUGUCUGUGUGAGUCUGUCUGUGUGUCUGUGUGUGUGUGUCUGUGUGUGUGUGCGUGUGUGAGUGUGUGCGUGUCCUGUGUUCUCUCGCUUUUGUAUGUUUCUGUCUGUAUCCCUUUCUCUCACUAUCUUUCCGUGUGUCUGAAUAUGUUGCUUUGUCACUCUAUCUCUCUCUUGUUGUAUCUACAGGUGUCCCUCUGCAUCUGUGUGUGUGUGUGUCUGUGUGUGUGUGUGUGUCUGUCUGUGUGUGUGUGUCUCUCCCUCUCCCACCCUGUGACUACACAUGCCCCUAGUUUCUUCGAGUCUCUCUCGACCCCAGCCCCCAUCUCGGUCCCCUUCUCUCCCUCCCUCCCUGUCUGCUGUCGCUCCCUCCCUCCCUGUCUGUCUGUCUGUCGCUCGCUCCCUCCCUCCGUCCCUACCUGUCUGU